AUGACUCUCGCAAUGGAUCGUAAAGACCCCAUGAUGUAUCCAUCGUGAAGCCUCCGGCAUACCUUUUAGCUAUAUCUGAGCCAUCUCGGAGGUACUUCAGAGUCUCUCUCAAGCCCCUCUCAUUUCGCUCAAAAUCCCGAGAGUUAUCCUCGAGGUACCAUCGUGAGAUUUCAGAGCCUGCGAUAUACCUCAGAGGGUAUCGCGAUACCCUUUCUCGAUUCGCCUAUCCAAAUUAUUUCCGGCACCGAAAAUCCGGAAAAAGUAUCCUUAGAAUUUACAAUAAUCAAAUGUCAAAUACUGAAAUUGGUUCGGAAAAACAUCGUCAGAAGGUGUCAGCCGGUGAUUUUUGCUCGAAUCUUAUUGAAUUUAUCGCCCAGCAGCUCGAGGAGACUCGCCACAGUUGAUCCAUGGCAGGAGCGCUUCCAGCUCCAGUCGCAGCUCGACCAGGUCCGACUCGAGCUCGACUCGGUCCGCACUACUCUCGAUGAGAAUUCGCUCGGUGAGCCUUUUUUUGCGGAUAUUUGGGCGAAUCACUGAGAAAAAUUAUAUAAUAAGAAAAAUGUUACACAUUCAAAUGCUGUUAUUUCAAAAAAAGCUUAUUUCCAACUGUCCUUUUCACUGCACUACUGGACUAUUCGGAUAGUCUCAAAAUUUUUAGUUUUUUUUUAGAAAAAAAAAAUCUUUUAAAUUUAAGUCGAGACGUGGAAAAUAACGAACUUCGUAGGAGUUUUACUCAAAAACAAUUUUUUGCAAGCUGAAAGUUUAGGGGUUUUUAUUUUGUACAUUAAAGAGUAAUCUGGUCAUUUUUCAGAAAGUUUUGAAAUUAUUGAUAAAAUGAUCUCCUAAUGGGUAGAUAAGCCAUUUUGAAUUAUUUGAAAGCAUCUUUUGAAUGAAUGUUUAUUUCGCUCACAGACAGAUCUGUGGCGUGGAGGAAGAGAACCAUGAAAGUUAUAUUUGCCUCCACUUCGAUAAAAAAAGUUCCACUUUAAUCUAAAAAAAUUUUUAGGUCGAAAUCGAAGAGAAUCAAAAAAAGAAAAAGUAAUCUAUAAACGAGUUGAAUCAUUUUGUGAAAUUUGCAGCUUCCUUUAUCAAAAAAACCAAUUUUUUUCAAACAACUUUUAAAUCUUCUCUGGUCAUCCUCAAAAAAACCAUAACUCUGUUUUAAGCCGUUCCAGUAUUUAUACACGCGUUGCGUAAUAAAGUUAUAGUGAACAUGAUGGAUUGGUGGUGGUUCGAGUUUAAGGCCGUUGCCUCUCAGUUAGUUUCGUCUAUUUGAUAUCGUUUGUAAUUUGAAUGGAGAUGGACACCAAUAAUAGCCAUAUAUGAACUGAUGUGUAAUUAUGAUAUCUUUUCGCAGACGCCUUGUCCAUAGAGUGUCUAGAGAAAGGGAUUUUAGUCUUACAGCAUAGGUUUCUUUUGGGAGAAGCCGUUUGGUGAAUUUUCUUUGAACCGAUUCUAGCCUGAAGCUCAUUGUCUCGGAAUAUCGCACUUUCCAGGAUUAUGGGUAUAAUUCUUCCAAAAUUGAGAAAUGGAGGGAUUAUGGAGCGCCGUGGGUAACUCGCUGAGGAAAAAUGAGUUCUUGUAGCGGUCGAAUUUCUCGGACGAGGAAGUUUUUCAGUCGGUGAUCAUUUGAGUUUGAAUAUAAAAACCGAAUCCUAAUUUUUUAUUGCAACCAUCCUGAAGAACAUUUUUUCACAGAUAUUUAUGCGAAUGAUUGGAAAAAAAAGUACUAUGUUACUAAAACAGUACAUUUGCAGCUAAAAAUGCCCUAUUUUCAAUUUUCCAGAAAGUAUUCAGUUCAAUUAGUUCUUCAUUUAUUAUGAUCCUAGGCCAAAGCGCAGAUAACGAGUUCUUGUAGUGGUUUGAAACGGAAAAAAAAGAACUUUUUUGUUCUCGAUGGCCAAGAUUUUCGAGUAUCGUAUAGUUGAUUCAGUUCUGAGUUGAGAAAUACCAUUUUUUUUUCUUAUAAUUUAGCAAGUAGAAAUACACGCAUGUUCAAGGCGGCCGGUCGUAUUACGGUAGUCAAGCUAGGUUUUUGGGUGAUAAAAUGAAAACUUGUGUACUUUUUGUGACGUAACUCAUCUUGUAACUUCGAGAAAUAGGUUCUUAACAAAUUGCAAAAAAGGAAAAAAAUUAAAAAAAUUCCCUGACUUCGAAACUGACUGCGCAAUAUUGACCGGCCACCGGCCGCCGUAGCACUGUCUUAAACAUGCGUGAAUAAUUAUCCGAUCCCCGCUAUUUCUCAAGUCAAGGGUAAAUAAACUUAGGGACCGCAAGCCAUUUCUUCAGAACAAUUCAAAAAAUAUGUUUUUCACAUUGUUCGAUAAAGGAGACUGUCCAUUUUCAUAAUCUGUUUAGUGUUUGAAAAAAGCUCCACUAAGAAAAAAGUUGUGGCCAAAAAACUAGCGCGCGUGGCGUACAACUGGAGGCAAAAUCUCACGGUUUACCCGCUGCCGCACGCUUUCUUUUUAAAUGUUUUUGCGCGUUUCUGGACCGUUUUUAAAUCGGUUUUCUGUUCUGAGAGGUUGUCCGAACGGAGCCUCAUGUUUUGGUAUGAAUCUUUUGUACAAUCCUCAUAAGAAUUUUUUUGAUAAAAAUAUCAAAAAAACUACCUAGAAAAAAAGGUCAAAGGGAUUUUUUUCAGCUUAUUUUUUUCUUUUUUUCUACUCAGAAAAAAAUUAUUAUCAUUCGAUUUGGAAAAAAAGAAAAAAAUGAAAAAAAUAAUGUUAUUUCGAAAUAAAAACAGGAAAAAGUGCCAUUUGACUCCGAAAAAAACGGCUCCUGCGACAUUUAAAAGGACGCAUCGGUGUGUUUGACGCAAACACUGCUACGGGCACUUGCACAAAAUCUUCCGAAAUUUCAAAAAAAAUUGCCAUUUUUUCGAGGUUUUCAAAGCCGUUAUUUUUUUCGCGUCGAUCGAUUUUUUUCAUAAUUUUUUCAUUGAUAGAGUUUUGAAUAGGGGGCGCAAAGCCCCGCCCCUUCAAGCCACCAAAAUGACGAUUUUUUUGUUGCAAAAACGGUUUUGAGGCGUUUAUACUAGCUAAAGUCCCACUUUAAAAAUGAACUGUUUCUGUUAAUCUAUGUAACCGACAACGCUCUACAAGACUGAAUAUUUUUUUAAAAACUAUGUUUUUUUCAAAAAAAUAAGCGAAAAAAAGUAAGAUUUAACACGAAAAAAACUGACAAGUUUCACAAAAAUCGUCGCGUUUCAGAAAAACCAAGUGAGGAACGCGUCUAAAUUUUAAGUAUGUUAUACAUCAACACUUUCUUUAUUUUUUUUGAGUGAAAAUGAAAAAAUCUACCGACGCGAAAAAAAUAUUAAAGCUUGUAAAGUGACACCAAACUUUGAAGCUGAAAUGCGAAAAAAUUUCAGCGACAUGGUAUACUUUUUAUUUGAUUUGAAAACUAACAGUGUGUCCAAAAAUGAAAAUUCAAAAUGAAAAUAAUUAUUGGGACAGCGAAUUAAAUUAUAUUUGAAUUUUACCAAAACCUCCUUUUUUCGCCUGCCUCGUUGACGCAUGAGAGAAUAGGAUCGCGUCUAUAUUUUUUUGAUUAUGUUAUUAAGCGUUCAAAAACUCUAUCAAUGAAAAAAAUUAUGAAAAAAAUCGAUCGACGCGAAAAAAAUAACGGCUUUGAAAAACCUCGAAAAAAUGGCAAUUUUUUUUGAAAUUUCGGAAGAUUUCGUGCAAGCGUCCGUAGCAGUGUUUGCGUCAAACACACCGAUGCGCCCUUUUAAAUGUCGCAGGAGCCGUUUUUUUCGGAGUCAAAUUGUACUUUUUCCUGUUUUAUUUCGAAAUAACAUUAUUUUUUUCAUUUUUUUCUUUUUUUCGAAAUCGAAUGAUAAUAAUUUUUUUCUGAGUAGAAAAAAAGAAAAAAAUAAGCUGAAAAAAAUCCCUUUGACCUUUUUUUCUAGGUAGUUUUUUUGAUAUUUUAUCAAAAAAAUUCUUAUGAGGAUUGUACAAAAAGAUUCAUACCAAUACAUGAGGCUCAGUUCGGACAACCUCUCAGAACAGAAAAACCGAUUUAAAAAAACGGUCCAGAAACGCGCAAAAAACUUUUUAAAAAGAAAGCGUGCGGCAGCGGGUAAACCGUGAGAUUUUGCCUCCAGUUGAACGCCGAGCGCGCUCGUUUUUUUUGGCCAUAACUUUUUUUCUUAGUGAACCUUUUUUUCAAAAAAACUAAACGGAUUAUGAAAAUGGACAGUCUCCUCUAUCGAACAAUGUGAAAAACAUUUUUUUUGAAUCGUUCUGAAGAAAUGGCUUGCGGACCCUAGUUUUGAACGCUUAAUAACAUAAUCAAAAAAAUAUAGACGCGAUCCUAUUCUCUCAUGCGUCAACGAGGCAGGCGAAAAAAGGAGGUUUUGGUAAAACUCAAAUAUAAUUUAAUUCGCUGUCCCAAUAAUUAUUUUCAUUCUGAAUUUUUAUUUUUGGACACACUGUUAGUUUUUAAAUCAAAUAAAAAGUAUACCAUGUCGCUGAAAUUUUUUCGCAUUUCAGCUUCAAAGUUUGGUGUCACUUUACAAGCUUUAAUAUUUUUUUCGCGUCGGUAGAUUUUUUUUAUUUCCACUCAAAAAAUAAAGUAAGUGUUAAUGUAUAACAUACUUAAAAUUUAGAAGCGUUCCUCACUUGGUUUUCUGAAACGCGACGAUUUUGUGAAACUUGUCAGUUUUUUUCGUGUUAAAUCUUACUUUUUCGCUUAUUUUUGAAAAAAACAUAGUUUUUAAAAUAUUCAGUCUUGUAGAGCGUUGUCGAUUACAUGGCAUAACAGAAACAGUUCAUUUUUAAAGUGGGACUUUAGCUAGUAUAAACGCCUCAAAACCGUUUUUGCAACAAAAAAAUCGUCAUUUUGGUGGCGUGAAGGGGCGGGGCUUUGCGCCCCCUAAAUAAACUAUAGUCCCUUUCUCCCACUUUUUUUGUGUUUUUUUUUUUUUGAAAACUAGUCAAUAAACUGUGAUUAAAAAAAAAUGCGUUUUUCCCUUGAAAACCAAAAGGUUUUCUUUUUUAUCUGAGGAUCGGAAAUCAAAAACGCAAUUUAGCCUCUCCACCAAUUUCAAUUUCAAUUUCUCAUCUCCAGCCUCGGUUUUCAUUUUCCAAACAGAAGAAAAAAAAAUUUGAUUGAAAAAGGAAAUCCGCGUUUUCAAAGGCAAUAUCCAGGGGGAAAUCGCCUGGAGGGCGAUUCUUGAGCUUCAUCCGAAAAUAGAAGCAAAAUCGGGUGUGGUUACUGUGGAAAAAUCUCUGAUUCGUAGGGGAAAUUUUGAAAAAAAAAAUGAAUGGAUUCAAUUCAAUCAAUUUAUUUUCGCAACAUCGGGAUGGUAUGGUGAUGUUGCAGGGAGGGAAAAAGACCACUAGGUGGAUUAACUAACCCCACCUGUGAAGAAAAAAGUUUUUUGUGUGAGAAAAGAAACAUAGGACCAUAAUAAGUAGAUACUUAAAACCAAGUUGAUUAUGGCACAAAUCUGUAAACUCUUGAAAGAAUAUGCUCGACGCCAACAUUUUCUGCAUACACUAAAAACAUGUCCUUAAAUGUUUUCUUGUCUUCCUCUGCCAGUAAUUCAUGUUCAAUGUCAUUCCAAACAUUAGUAAUGCUAUGUGAUAAGAAAUUGAAGAAAACCAGUGAAGGUUCCGUUUUUAUUAAUUUAAAAACAUUUCCUCUGAGCUGACUGGGACGGUCAAAGAUGUUAUGUACCUGGAUGGGAGAGUCUGACCAGCACUUAUUAUGCAAAAACUGAUGUGAUAAUACCAAAUCCUUAACUAAACGCCUAAACCAAAGAGGUCGAAGACCUAAAAGUUUUAACCGUUCAUUAUAUUCCAUUCUUGGGAAAAGGCGCUUCGUGAAACGCUCUACCAACCAGGAGCUGUCUCUUUUCUUAUCGUGUUAGGACCCUUUUUCGACCUGCGAAAUUUCGAUUUUUUCCUCUUUUUUGUAUUUCGUAUUAACUAAUGUAUUUUGUUCACUUUCUUGCAGUUUCAGAAACUCUGAAAAUGAUGACAAAAAGACGAAUUAUUUGGUUCUACUGACAGUAGACUACUGUUUUGAGUCAUAUUUUUGGAAGUAGUAUUUGAAAAAUAAGGAAAAAGCUUUUUCAGAAGUGCAAAUAUUGAAAAAAAUAUGUUCCAAUACUUCUUCUUUUACAAUUUUUUUCAAUCUUUAGUUGGGUUUUUCACAACAAUAUGUGUAUAAAUUUAUUGCUCAGAAAGUUUUCUUAAUAAUGAUUUCUGUUUUUUUGAGAGUUCUCGCGAAUGAAAUCAACAGUUUUUCUUCAGAAAAUAAGCUCAAAAAUUUCAUAGCGUUUAGGUUUUAGCAGAAGAAAAAACUCUCAUAAAUGAUCAUUGUGAACGUUUUGAAUGAUUUUCGGUAAACAUACUUAACAUAGCGAUUUAAAGAAGCUUAUCUCACUCCAAACAAACAUUUUCGCAAAACACUUUGAACAUCAAAGAUAAUGUAUUAUUAUUUGAAUGUAGUACGACCAGAAGAUCUUAUAAUAAUGAUUUAUUUCAUUCACAAGAAUAUAAUCUGUGAAAAAUCAGGAGACAAAUUGCUGUUGAGUUUAAAGGAGCAUAGCCAAAUUUGAGGGAGGUCUCGAGGCGAAGAACCGUUUUUAAUGUUAUUCCAAUAUUUUUGCUCCUCAAAUGAGAGUUUUCGAAUAAUGUAUGGCUUUUGGUAGAUCAUAUAGCUCUGAAAAAAAUUAUCGGAACGAUUUUAAUUACAUAAAAGAGCAUGUCUAGGAGGGAAUAACAACAACAAAAGUUGAUUCCCUGAAAACGGACUUUCCAGGACAAUUGGCUCAUAAGCUUGUGAAUAUUCUAUUGUCGCGAAUCAAAAGGCAUUCAUUGAAUAUGAUGUUUUUUUCGGUGAGGCGCUAAGUGCAAGAAAAAAAGUUGUUGGAAAUUAGAACUUGAGACAUUUUUUUCCGUUAUCGUUUUCUAUUAUUUCGAUUUAUUCAUUUUAGAAAAUUCCAGAAUUUUAACCGAAAAUAUCUUUUUUUCAUAAAUUUGGCCAGCUUCCAAGUUUCUGCUAGCUUUUUUUCAAAAUUGAGAUCUGGGUAUGAGGGAAAUCCUCUUUUUGUUCGAAGGUUUCUUUCUGAAGAUAUAUUACUUUCGUUGUCAUUUUUUUUACUUCUUUUUGUGUUUCUGGGACUUGAAAACUUGGAAAUUCGAACUCAAAAAAGACCAAAACGACGUCAUCUGUCGAUAUUCAUCGAAAUUUAGAAGCAAAAUCAACAGAGCUUCAGGCCAGACGGACCGGCGAAACGUCCGGUUCAUCGUCGAAGAAAGUUAGAUCGAAAAAUCGAGCCCACAUGAUUCUUUUCAGAAUUGAAGUGAGAGUCAAAUAACUGCAAAAAAAAAAUCGAACCGCAAAAAUCUGACUUCGAAAAUGUUUCACAGGAGUUCUUCAUCAAGAUUUUUGCCUGAUAAGUUUUAAAAAAAAAGUUCUGUUUCCAUCAGUAAACCGAGCAAGUUCAGAUGUAAGAACUUUUCUCGAUAUUCGUUCAUAUUUCUCGGAAGUUUGAAACAAAUUUCUACAGAGCUUUAUAUCAGACGGACCGAAAAAUUUUCUGGAUCGAAGAAAGUAAGAUCAUAUCCUCGAGCCUACACGACUUUUUGAAAUCGAAAUUAGAGUAGGACAAACUAUAAACGAACUGAUUGAUAAAAUUCUGGCUUUAAAAAAAAGACGACAUUCCUGUAUCAAAAUAUCGGAUAUCUUUUCCCGCUCUUCUUUUUUUUUCUUCCAAAUUCAAACUCAAAAUGUAAAACCUUUUUUAUCCACUUUUUCUUGUAACAUUGACAAUUUAAUCUAAACAGUCUAAACUGACGUCAUUUUGCAACAACUGGAACCCAAAUAGGUUAAAAUGACGUCAUUUUUUUAGGGAUUUGAACCUCAAGCCAGACUAAAAUGACGUCAUUUGUUGAUCUUUUCCGGAAGUUCGGAAUUUAAGGCAGAGCUUUAGGUCAGACGGACCGGAAAAACGUCUGGCUCGUCGUCACCGCCAUACUAAUUGUGGGCGCCGUCAGUUCGCCGCCUCUUUUCUCUGCUCUCAGUUCAGCCAUUCCCAUCCGCAAUAUAAGGGUACAGAGUGGGCGGAGCCUCAGGCUUCUCUCGUCUCGGCUCCGCCCAUUUUCCAUUCCUAGUGUUGUCCGAGGCAGGCCUUCGUCUACGUCUCGUCGUGCUGUUUAUUUUUCUUUUUUCUAUCAUUUUUUUAUCUUUUUGAAAGUUCUUUGAAGAAAAAUCGGGAAACUUUUUAUUUUUUUCUCCGAAAUGUUUGGUGGAUUUAAGCUGAAAAAAGUGGUUUUUUCUCAGUCAACUCAAACUUUAGGAUAAAAAAUUCUUGUUUUUCGAAUUUGAUUAGAUUUUCCCCUAAAAAUUCUUUAAAAAGGAUAACGGAAUUUUUUGGAAGGACACAGACGUUACUAUGAAUUUCCAAAUCUCAAAAAAGGAUGAAUUGAAAAUUUUUUUUACAUUUUCAGGGCUAAAAAUAAACACAGCUUUUCACAACAAGUUUUCUCCAUCUUUUUUGACUUUUCUAUAUUCCAAGAGUACCAUCUAGUGACCACUUGGUCCGAGUUUUCUUCAUUUCUCUUCGAACGCCGCUUUUAAUAGCUUUUCGUCCGAAGAACAAAUUUGCUGCAAAGUGUACUUUACGGAGUUUUGAGCCAUUUUUUAUGAGAAAAAAGGUGUUUUGUGCAAUUUCGGAUUGACCGUUGAGCUAAUAAAAAAAGCUCUAAAAUUGUUUUAUUUUUUAUUUUGCUGCUCUUUUUUUGUACAUUCUUUGAUUGCUUUUUGAAAAAUUGGAUUUUGAUCAAGACCUGAAUUUUUCCUGUUUCAGAAAUCUUCUAAAUAGAAGAAAAUGAGUGUAUUUCAAUACCGGAUUUUUGAUCGAUUUCUACAUUUUUUUUUCCAAAAAGAUGCAAGGAAAUAAGGGCAUUCUAGGACAGUCUGCAAGCCGUAUUAUCACAACUUACGUUGAAGGUAUCAUCUUUUCCCGUAUCAGUAAUCUUGUAACUUGGGGAUAAUAAGCAUAUUCUUGUACCCUCUGUCGAUUUAUGUUCGAUUUUGACAUAUUUUCUUGUUUCAGGAAGUUUUUGGAAAGAAGAAAAUAAAUAUAUUUCAGUUUUAUCUGUCCCUCUCCUGAUCCAUUCUGAGCUAAUUUAGACGAAAUUACCAGAUUUUCCCGUAUCAGGAAGCGUGUAGAUGCAGCAGCAGCACAUGUCGACGUACCCGUCGUUGCUGGAGCCGGCGAUCUGUCGACGUCGGCUGCCCGUUCCGCCGGACCCCAUGAUGAGUCGACGGAGCAGCUCGCCGAGGAUCCUACCGACGCCGCCGCCUCUUUCCCCCGAAUAUCGGUUCGUUUUUUUCCUUGGUUUUUUUUUAUGAAGUGGGUUUUUUUUUAAAAUUUUUUAGUGUAGAUUUGAAGAUUUUUCGAAGAGUUUAGGAUCUUCUCAAAAACUGUUGAAAGUGAUUUUCACGAAUUUUAUCCAGUAUAAGAAUUUCGUAGCAUUGUAGUUCUUGUUUUUACGAAAGUUACGAAAUAAAAAUAUUUCAAAAACUGAUUCAAAUGAGAAAAAUUUUUAAAAAAGAUUAGAAAAAAACUUUUAAAAAAAUCAAAAAAACAAAUUGCGACUUUUUCAAAAUCUUCAUACAGUUUUUGAACCAAUUUUUGAUACACUUUUUCAUUUUUUCCGAUUUUCGUUAUUUAAAGGCUGUAGUAUUCCUCAUUAUCUUUUGAAUUAUCAAUUUAAUCGAUGAAAUUUCGCAAUUUCGAAAAAAAUCAUACUCAAAAAGUUUCUUUUUCUAAAGUUUCAUAAAUGUUUUCGCAAAAAAAUGAAAAGUUUAUAAUCAAUUUUUUUCGCUAUGCUUUUUUUAUUAUCCUUCUUUCAAAUUUAAAAAAUGGCUUCUUAGAAUUUUUGAUCCCCAUAAAUCCUGUCUAAUUCCUGCCACGUUCUACGAAGUAAUAUAAAUUUUGUCUCAGAUUUUUUUUUAUAAUAGGAUGAAACAAAAAAAGAAUUUUCAAAAGUUCACGUUUUUUUUUGGCAAAUUUCCAAAAAGUGAGCUGGUAUCUGCGCGCGAAAAGUUUCUGCACCAGCCAGCAAGGAAAAACUGAGGAUAACAAGGUCCCGAGAGGCCCGGCAAAAAAAAGAAGACGUCGCGGCGGCAGAUUCAAGAGUGUUGAGAGUGGUCACUCAAGGGGAAAGAUCAUCGAACAACGCUUCAUCAUCAAGCUUCUUUUCGAAAAAAUUCGGAUCUGAAAAAUGAAGUUGCCUUUUUUCGAAAAAAAAAAAUUUUGUCAAUUUCAAAUUUAAAUGAAAAAAACCUUUUUUUAUGACGUCAAUGUGCAAGUUAAGAACCCAUUAAAAAAGGCUUAACAGAAAAAUCGCAAUAUCAUGAUUAAAAUUACACAUUUUCGCCCAAUGGCCAUGUGUAUUUUUCAAAUUAGCAGGUGGGAAAAAUGUAGGCGUUGUUUUUUCGUUAUCCAUCACGUCAUUAAUCAUUUCCCCUUCCUUAUUAAUGACGCAAAAAGUUUUUCAAAAAACGGUUUCGUCGUCUGUGUUAAGAGGCAGGUGUUAAAGUUGGAAGAAAAAGGUAUGGGUGCAAACUUUCGUGGAAUCAAAAAUAUUUAUUGAAAUCUUGAAACAGGAAUCUUGGAAAACAGUACAUUUGUUUUUGAAUUUCUUUAUACUCUUUUAAGCAAUUAAAACGAUCUAAAAAGCUAUUUUUAGGUUGUUUCUCAACAAAUUUCAAGAAAAAAACUCUUGCUUCCAUGGAAUUGUACACAAUUUUUUUCCACUAUACAGUAAAUCUCGGAAAAAUGCAAAAGGGGCACGGCUUCAUUGCAAGAGGCGCAAAAAAGGCAAGCUAAAGAGUAGAGAUGAAAGGGAACAGACACCUCAGAGUGUUUCACAAUGAGAAUAUGAUUAUACUGAGUUCUUGAAGAAAAUCUUCAGAAGCCCUUCGACGAUGCCGAAUCUGGAGCGACGUCCAUCCGGCCGAGUUCUACCACGACCUCCCCUCGCCAGCGACAUCCUGACCAAGUCGAAGUCGGUCUCGCCGGUCUCGCUGACGCCGGAUCCGACGCCGGACCCGGAAUUCAACGUCAUCAUCGACCGGCUCAUCGCCGAAGACAUCGACGAGGUCGACGACAUCGUUGAAGAGCCCGAAGCCUCGUCCAACGCCGACUCCUACGACGACGACGCCUACGACGACGUAAAGCCCUUGACGACCUCGACGGCCAUCAACGGACACCUGACGUCACCGAUGACGAAUGACGUCAUCUAUAACGGAAAGGAACGACGUCUGUCUGCCUCGCAGUUCUCCUCUCACUCGGCGUCAAUUGAGCAGGUCGGCCCGACUUUUUUUUUUCGGUUCUCAGAUUUUUGAAUUUCUGAUUAGACCUUGCGGGGGAGUCUGCAAGGAGUUGGAUUUCGAAGGGUUUUGAUUUUUGAAGAAUGUGCACUUUGGCUAGAGUGGAAAGAUCGGUUGAAUUUUGAAGAGAAAAUUGAAUUUAGAAUCGCAGGUUUUCCGACAAAAAAGCACAGUUUUUUUAAGUUUGAGACAUAAUGUGAAGGUUUUUCUAAUGAAAAGAGCUCAUAAAUGUUAAGACUUUUGGAUAAAUUUCAAAAUUGAAAAAAAAGUCUGCAAGCUUGCGUCACGGCGUGGACGAUGUUUGCAGAAGUUGUGCGUGAAAAAUUUUUUUUUCAUUUUUGAAAAAAGAAUCUAUUUAUUUUCAAAACUUUCAAACUUCCCAAUUUUGAAAAAGUGAUUUUCCAACUUUACGAAGACUUGGUUUCAACGUUUUUCACCGUAACCUUUCAAGAGGCCCAUAAAAGACGUUGCCUGGCUUUUGACCAUAAAAAAAGCUCAUAUUUUACAUUUUGCCAUGUCCAAAAAACCAAACAUAAAACAAGGGAGCCCCCAUAAAAACUAUAUAACAACGGGUGGGACUCCAUUUGCCUCCAAAUUAGCCGUCGUCGGUCGUUAUGAGCCUCCUGUGACCGGAAAUCUCCACUUUCUUUUCUGCUUCUCCUCUUCUCCACAGCCAACACUAACACGCAAAUAUAUUUCUUUUUUUUUUCUCGCCAAAAUAUGUUCAUUCAGUUGUUUUUGGUCGGUCGCCGAGCGGGGAUUUCUCCGUAUAAAUAUGUAAUUGGCUCGGCUGUGCCCUUGAGUGACCACUUCUUCAAAAAAGGGAUCACUUAAAAGAAGAAGAAUUUAAGGAAAAAUGAGUAUUUUUGAGCAGAUUUUGGAACGCAAUGUGCUUCUUUUUGAAAUAGUUUUUGGCACUUGGAAUAGCUCAAAGCUUCGCGGUCACGUUGCGGAUGUACUUUGUAGACUUUGUCUUUCUGAUGUUUUUACUACUCUCAAGCGUAAAGUUGACCAUUUUCCUGAAAGAAAAAAAAUGGAAAAAAAAACUCCUUUGCAGAGAAAAAUUAGGUAGUCUCCUGUUUUCAGUGUCUGGCUCUAAAUAGGUCAAAUUCGCGAUGGCGCGAACUUUGAGCUUAUUUUUGAGCCUUUUCGGCCAAGAAAUUGGCCGGACCUCGAAAUUUUAAUGAGGAUUUUUGAGUUUUAAUGGAGUUUAAUUUUUGAUUUAGAUAGGUUUUUCCGAAAAGGGCUCGAAAUUGAAAAAAUAAUAGGGAAUUUUACGCGAUUUUCAAAGCUUCAAAGUGUUUUUUUAAUACUUUUAAAUGGUCAAGCUUUCUGGAAGAUUUGUUUUGCUGAACUUUGCAAAAGUAGGAAAACUCCUGAUUGGGUUUUCAUUUCUUCUAAUUCAAUGAAAAACGAACGAAAGACGGAAACUGUGAUAAUUGCAUUUUUUUGCAAGACACGAACCUCAAUCAAGAAAAGAAACUGACUGGAUGAUUUAAUAAUGGUUGGGAAUCAUUUUCCUUGCAUGUUUUCCCGAAGAAAAGUCGAGGGAAAACUCUUUUUUUCUUCUUUUUCUUCUUUGCUCAAUAAUGUUCGAGACCAAUUGUCGAGCCCCACCCGUAAUUUGCCGGGUAUGGAGAGAAAGGAAAAUAUUGUUCAGUGCUUUUUAUAGGAGUUUUCGAGGUGGAUUCGAAGAGAUUUCGAAUUUGACAGGAAGAUCUUUGAAAAGAAAAACAUUUUCCUAGUAAAUUCUUGAAUUCCUUGUAAUAUUCAGGAUAGUUUUCACUUUGAAUAUUAAAAAUUUUCUUUCAAAAAUAAUAUUUUUUUGAGAAAGGAAAAUUGAUGUGUCCUAGAAGGAUUUUUUCUUCACAUUUUCUAGGAAAGUGCCGUUUUUUCUUAUUAUUUUGGAAUUUGAGCCGAAGAUCGAUAUUUCAUCCUAGAAAGUUUAGAAAUUUUUUUUCAAGAUAAUUAUUUCAAAGAGAGGAAAAAAGCAACGUGCCUCAGAAUUUUUUUUUCACGUUUGUUUAGAAGAUGAUAUGAAGUUUUUUUGAACUUUUUCUUGUGAAAAAAAGUGAAGAAAAAUCGAGUUUUGUUGAUUUUUCGAAAAACGUGCAUUAUUCAUGGAAAAAUUUCAUGAAAGACUCUUUUUGAACUUAUUUUCUGGUGAAAAUUGAGAAAAAAAGAGUGGAACAAUUUUUUUGAGCAGUUUUGGUUUGAAAAUUAUCAGAAUCUUUAGAAAAAUCUUUGAAAAAAAUCCUAUUUAUCGAAAAAUAUUGUUCUACCAACAUGAAUUGGAAUUCGGGGCUAAAUUUGGAAUGGUUCAAAAAGAUGCGGUUCCAUGUUUUUUUUGAUCCAGGCUCUAAUUUUUUUGAUUUUUUUCUGUAUUUCUCUAAUUUGAAAAAAAUACUGGGUUCAUAUGUGUCGUUAAUUCAAAAAAAGCAAAUUAUUUUUGGAAGAAAAACUGAGACAAGUGCUUCUCAUUAAUUAUUUCUCUCACACUUUUUCCCCAUUUCAAGACCAUGCAAAAGAAUCCGUUUUCUUUUGAAGUGAGAAAAUGGCGGCAGACACAUUGAUUAUGGGGUGUUGUUUUGUUUUUGAGCCGCACGUGUUAGAAGGAGAAGAAGAAGGGGGAAUGCUCGGGGAGCCGCGGACGCGAGUACGACGAGCCCAUUUCGAAGAGUUUUUCAAAGCAGCUGAUGCAGAAAAAUAGUGUGCCCCGUGAGGGGGGACCUUCGCGCAUCUUUCUCCCUCCCUUUUCUCGCACCUCGAAUGUCCAAAAGCUCAGUCUUUUUCCUAGCCAGCCAUGGGAAAGUUCAAGGGGCUAUCGGGGCUCUUGGGACUAUUUUUAGAGUUUAAGUUUGAGAAAAAGUUCCGAUUCCGGUUUAGGGAGUUUUUAGGGGAAUUAGGGUUCUUUUCAGGGAGAAUUGGCAAAGUUCAAGAUCUCUUUGGAGCUGAUAUUGGAGUAUCAAUUUAAUGAAAGUUUCGAUUUCAAAGACAUUAAGCAAAUUUUGACUUUUUUCAGUAGAUUAACAGCCUUUUCAAAAAAUUUUCGAGAAUUGUUCAGAAUUUGGAGGUUUUUGGUCAUUUUUUGUCCUCAGGAUGAUAAAAUCCGAAGUUGAACCUUUUUAUACUCAGAUAUUUUUUCUUAAAAGGAACUGCUUCGAAAAUUCACAUUUCAACGUGUUUUUUGGAGCCCAAAAGUCGCAUAAUUUUGUUCAAAAUGAUGGUUAUUUGGUUAUAAUUGAGAUUUUCAUGCGCCCAUUGUCGUGAUUUUCAAUGGGGAGAGACGAUGGGAAAGUUCAAUGAGUCCUUGAGGCCAAAAAUAGACUUUGAUUCAAUUGGAGACUGAUUUUAGAUCUUUAAUUGGUUUUCCAGAGGUACAAAAACUGAGAAAAAAACAGAAAUCAUAUCAGCGAAUAAACUGAUUUCUCUCUUUUUUUGAACAGAAAUUCUUUUUUUAAGUGUCAAAUGGCGAUUUUUUUCGAAAAAGACCCUUAUUUUUUUAGUUCACUCGACCUUUUUCCGAAAAAGCAGGAAAUAAAAAAAUUCCAUGUGGCCUUUUGGACACUAAAAUUAGCAUCGUUUGCCUUGCACCCGAACUUUUUUCCCAGAUUUUUGAACUUUCUUUUAAAAUUUUUUCUGCAAAAAAUCGUUGUUGUACUUUGAUUAGCAGUGGAAUCCGACAAAAGAGCCAUUUCAAAUGCGACCAGAACACCUUGAGCCAUUUCAAAUGCGACCAGAGUUAUUCGAACCAACUAACUUGAAACCGUAAAGUGAGAAGUACUUCUGAAGAAAAAAAAAUUCAAAAAUCCAAACUUCACCAAUUACUGCGCCCGACUAGUCGCGACUUAGGCCUUUAACAAUUUUUUUUAACAAUCAAGUCAAAAAAAAACUUGAAAUUCUGAGCCGCAACGCGAUCUCGCUGCCGCUAGCCCUUCCAAAAACGAAAAGUCGCGACCUUUGGCCGUUCGAACUCGACUCGUUUUAGGGUACACACACUGAUGACCGAAAAUAGUUCUUGAGCAGCAAAAAAAGAGGACCAAAUGUGCCCCGCGGCCAAAUAUAUGAUUGACAACAAGUUGUCGUCUUCUCGGCGUGAAGAAGAAGAACAAAUGCAUACAAAGUUCAAUGUUUUGGCACGUCGACGGGUCGUUCCUCGGAAAUAUAUUAGCGGAUGAGAAAAGGAAGGCUUUGGCGUGUAAUUGCUUCGAGCUCGAAAAACGGGGUGCAAAAAUGAAAGGAGGGGAAAAAUGACCGGAAAAGCGGAUUUUGAUUUUCGAGUCACAGUUCGAGUUGAAAAUUAGAUUUGUUCGUGAGAAAAUGUCCCGGCACGCUAAAGGAAAUAGUGUGUAAAAAUAGGAGAGUUCAGAAAGUUUUUUUUGAAGUUUCAAAUAGAUGGGCGAGAUAUUGAGCAAGAUCAGGAAAGUUUAGAGAAACGUCUAUUUUUUGGUCAAAAAUUUGGCGACUUCGAAGAAAUAGUGUGCAAAAACGGUAGUCUUGAGGGCGUCAAGCUUUUUUUUUUUGAGAAAAAACCCUUCUAACCAGUAAGGACUUUUCAAGUCACCAUUUUCGAACAAGAUAAAAAAAUAGCUUUUUUUAAAUUUCUAUUGUUUUUUUCGAACCAUUAGAAAUUCAGAAAAUCUUAAUUCUUAUUUCAUUUCUCUACUCAGGUCUAAAAUGUGUCUUGUUUUUCUCUUGGAAAAUCUUCUCGACAUUGAGAAAACCUAAUAGGGAGAGCCGAUCAAACGUUAAGGCGUAUCAAAACAAUUUGCAUGUUGCUCAGGCGGCUUUUUCUCUUUUGAAUAUGGGAUUAGGCGAGCAAAAGCAAAAAUGGAGAGGCUAAGAGGGGUUGGAGGAAGUUUUAACUUUGCUAGAAAGAAAUAAAUUGUUUCUUGAUGGAGUAUCAAGCUUCAAUAGCAGUAGAAAAAGCGAAAAAAUGAGAAAAGUUGAUAUUUUCGAGAAAAUGGAGUACGAUACGCGCAAAGUGUUCAUACACCGCGACGUGUUUUCACAUGAUGUUCAGAAAUAAAAAUCGGUGGUAUGAAAAAAACACCAAGGUGGCCGUCGGAAAGUUCCCUAGCGAAAUGAAAAAAUCGGAAAAGUCGCCGUUUGAAUUUUCGCUGGUGUUUUUUUCAUACCACCUAAAAAUCAGCUUUUAUUUUUUUAAAAGAUAUUUUUAGUCAUUAUUAAGCGAGAUUCGAUUUUUAAUCCUAUUAUUUUUUUCACAUAUCUGAGGCCUUUCCGAACAUUCUUUGUGUAUAGAUUUGAUUUUUAAGUUUUGCUUACGAUUUACAAGAUUUUUAAGAGAUCAUUUCAAAUUUUUACGAGACUUUUUUUAAAAAGCAUCCGUUCCUAUCUAAUCAUUUUCCUGUCAUUAUCCGUGAAGGGGCAUAAAUUUAUCAUGAAAUUACCCCUGCAAUUUGGCCAAACUCUCAAGUAGAGGCAAUCCAUUCGCCGGAUCAUCUAUUAUUCACCUCUAAGCUCGGCUUUCCAUUCUUUCUCCACGUGAAGGAAAACCCAAACGAAAACAUUGGCCGGACCGAGAAAUUGUUCAGUUGCAGAAAUGGAGAGGAAUUUUUCUUGGAAAAGGAAGUUUGAGAUUUGUCUUCGGUUUUUGAAAUUUUGACGGAUAGUAUCUAAUAUUGAGGUUUAAAAAAAGGAUAUUUUGGAAUUUUCAAGUGAAAGAAGGUUUUCAAAAAGACCUUUUUUUGUAAUUUUUUUCGGCUAUAAACACGCUUAGAAAAAAAGGAAAAAUGAAAUGAAAAAAAUUAGGAAAAAUCUAAUUAUCUUCCAGCUACAAGUUAGAUUAAAAAUCAAAUUUCGGACGAAAACACGAUUCUUCUUUUUUAGAACACCUUUUUUUGUAUUUUCUUGCAAUUUUGCUCCGGAGAUUGAAAGAACUGAAUUUUUAAAAAACUAGAAGUUGGAUUUAGUUUGAACUUCAAAUGACGUCAUGUCUUUUUUUGCAAGCCUUCUUUUUCUUAGUCUCUACUCAACCAAGUCAAUCUUCUUCUUUUUUUCUUCUUCUUCAACCCCAUAAACACCGUUUUUUCCUUUUCUUUUAUUUAUCUUCACCCAUUCCAAGAAAGGAAAAGUCCCAUCAAUUGUCGAUUUUCCGGUGCCCAUAUCUAUCCCAAAAACAUUUAUCUCUGCCUUUCAGUUGAGGCGGACGAAAAAAGAAGAAGAAAGAAAAAAGAGCAGGCGGGAAAAGAAGAUUGAAAUGAGAUUUGGGUUUUUUUUUUUCGGAGGCCGGGGACCUCAACCAACAGAAAGUUUAGUUAAAUCCGCUCCUUUUUCCGUGUUGCCUUUUGGGCAGGAUUUCUUCCUGAUUUCUUUUUUUUUGAGCUGAGGAAAGUUGAUUUUCGGAGGGAGAGGUUGAAGGAAGGGCAUCGAAAUGGAAAAAAAAACAGCAAACAAUUUUUUCUGAGAAAUCAUUUAAUUUUAGAUCUCGGUGUAUGCGCACUUUGCGCGCAUCGUGUUAAUUUGAGUUGAAAAAUCUUAACAUUUGUCAUUAUUUUUGAAUUCUUUUUCAUUUUUUUAAUUCAAAGUUUAGCGAUAAUUCCAACAAAAAAACUGGCUAUCGAAAGUUUUAUCGAAAUUGUUUUUCGAUAAAAAGUCGGCUUUUUCGAAUAAUCUGUUUUAAGAGAAAAAAAUUGGGCAUUUUGAAUAAUUUUUUUAACAUUUAGUUGGCCCUAGGUGAACUUACAAAUCAGAAAAAAGAGCUUUUUUCUACAGUUUUUGUCAAUAUUUUCUGUUAAGCAGAAUUUUUUUAAACUAGAGCCCUCCCCCUUCUCUAGUGUUUUUUUCCAACCAACCACGCCAAAAAAAGAACCUUUUUUUCUCUGAGCUUCUCACUCUGAGGUCAGUGAGUCCGAAAAAAUAGCGAGAAGACGAGAAAAAAGGCUCCCAAGGGACCACUAAAGCCUCCACUCGACAAUCAAAAUGACGCAUUUUCCCCUUCUUUUUUUCCGAGUUGAUAUUUGAGAGUGCAAAUUUGAGCCACGACUGCUAAUUAGGAAAAUAAGCUAAUUAGGAGGGGAAAGAAGACGCGCAGAAAAAUGAUCCGGAGGGAAAAAAUUGGAACAAAAAAAAUUAUAAAACAUAAAAAUUGGGAAAAAUGAGGAAAUAGCAUCUAAUGAAAGAAGUUGAACUCGAAUAAUUCUGAAUAAAACAAUCUGAAUAACGGAAAAUUAUAUGUGUUGCAAAAUUUGAACAAAGAAAAUCCAGAUGACCUUCGAUUUGGUGUAGAAAAGUCAGUUGAACUCAAGUCUAUCGAAAAAAUAAUCGGAAAAAAGUUAAAAUUUGAAUUGAGGCAAAUUAGUCAAGAUCAAAUUUAUCGCGAAAAGAGUCACUUGAUUCAAAAAAAAAAUCUGGGAAAGAUUUCAAGAAACUUCGAAUUUCAGUUGAGGAGAGAGAACCCAGUGGAAUUAAAAUUUGACAAAAAAAAAACCGGGUGAAAAAGUUCGAAAUCCUGUAAUUUUCAGUUGACGAGCAAAUCAAGCAGCGAAGAUCCGUUGGCUCAUGGACUGGACCCGUCGAUGUACUCUCCGCAGCCGAUUUCGACUUCGGGUCAGAGGUCGUCAUUCAGUGAACGAGGCGUCACGCCGGAAAAAGAGGUCCUUUUUGGGAAUAAGAAAAACAGAUUCCAUCGGUUUUCGGCAAAUCUUAAAGAGGUGAAAAAAUAGCCGCGAGCUCUUGCGCUCCAAGGAUAAUCAAGUAGAAUAGCAUUUUUGAAUGAACUUUGGAAGGAUUCCGUCGAAAAUGGAUCCACUUACUAAAAUUUUAUAAGAAGACAGUUGAAAAUUGGAAUCUCAGAGGAACGGACUUGAUAUAUGAGGAUAUUUUAAAUGCAGUUUCUUGAACAUUUCAAAUAACCUUUAUUCAUGAAAAAAGACAGUUGUGUGUGUUUGAAACAUCACGUCAUCUAUCCGUAGAGCGAACAUGAUACCUGAAAACUAUUUUUUCGUAGGAUGAUCGGCAUUUUUGAUUUUCUAUAGAAACUUCAGUUUUACUGCGAAAAAGGCGUUUUUGAGUAACAAUCCAAAAAAAUAAAGAAAUCUAUUUAUUGCAAAUGCAAAUUGAGCUUAGUGGGAAAAAAACUCGGAAACAAAAUUAGAAAAUCGAAAUUAUCAGCAGAGCGCACUUUACAGUUGGAACCUAUUUUUAGCGCUUUUUUCCAUAUCGAAUUGUCUUCCUUAUUAUCCCAAGAAGGAAGUUUCAUCAUUAACGAAAGCAAUAAUUUUUUAUUUCUCUCAUUUCUGAGAAAUUCCAAUAGAUUCCUCCAAGAAUUUAUCGUCUUUCCUGCUUUUUUUCGCAUCCUAAUGAACCCAGGAAAUUACCAAAUGAUGAGCUUCUGUCGUCGUAUUUUCGCUUCGAAACUCUCCAAAGAAUAGGGAAAUAAGAAAAAAAAGUUAUCAAACGACGUUUUUUUUUUCUCUGGAUAAUUGGAAUCACUUCAGUGGCUCCUUUUUGUUUAAACAAAUCAUUUGAAGGAAAAUUUCAACAGUGAACCAACUUUGCAGUGGUUCAAAAAAUCGAGCACGCUUUUCUAAUAAGACACUGUAACACUGGGGGAACUUUGCCAAUAUCAAAAAAAAAAAUUUUUUUUUCAUUUACUCUGGGAAAAACUUUGAGGUCCAUGUCAGGGUCCCUCAAGGACCCUAGAAUGGCCACUUGGACGUCCCCUAUAAAGAGUCUUAGUGGCCCCUGUAGUAAUUAUCUUUGUAACGAAAAAGGAAAAGAAGAAUAAACGAGAUAUAUUCGAUCAAAUUUUUUCGGCCAAACUUGUUGGGAUUUUUCGGUUUUCUUUUUCCUUUGGACAAAUCGCCGGAUGUUGUCGUCCUCCAUUUGUUGACCGGAUAUUUAUGAAAACGGCUUUAUUUAUUUAUUUUGAGGGGAAUUUUGGCGAAAUUUGGAAGGGAUGGACUAGAAGGAGCUGAUCCUAAAAACAAUGAAAUCACAAAAAAUGGUCUUUUUAAAAGUUCUAGCUUCCCUGCGCCCUCUUCUCUCUCUCGCCAAAACUGCCAUUCUCUUUGUUUACUCGAUGAGAAAAAAGAGGGCGCAGACGAGUCAGUUUUUAAUUUUAUUUGUAUCCUUCUCAGAAACUUUCAACAUUAUUUGGUGUAGAGUUCAUUUCCGGUUCGAAUUAUCGUUUUUUUUUGUCUUAUUUUCCUGUUUCUUCGGCUCUUAAUAGUUAUAGAAAGUGCAAACAACAUACACACAUAAAUUUGAUGAAUAUUCAAUUAAUGCUCAGUGUUGCGAAUAUAAUCUGGGAAUGGGAAAAUGAGGGAAUUUUUUGCAGGAAUGGAUAUAAAUGCAUAAACUUCAUGUCAUUUUUUUGGACGAAAAAAUUAUUUUUUCAGGAUUUUAGUUUUUCGAAUGUUCGACUUCAAAAAGUGUGAAUGAAAUGAAAUCCAUCUCAUAAAACUAUUUUGACUUUUAUUUUUCGCGGAGAACGGAAGAAAUCGCUUCUUCAAAAACAGCCGAAAAUCCAAUUUUUUAUUCCGCAACUCGUUGUUUUUCCAAGCUUCAAGAGAAUUUUAUUUCGAAAAAGUCCUGAAUGAUGUCAGCUUCAAGGAAACUUUAUCCGAUCCAAUUACUACGUUUGAAGAAGAAGCCGCCCUUUUUUAACCCAACAAGAAGACGUGUAAUUUUCUAAGAAACUCGGGAAAGUGGCAAUUUUUGCGCCGGUAAAUGAUAGGAAACGAAGAUUGUGACGCACGAGUGUAGGCUGAGAAACGUCUGACCUUGAUUAGGAGUUUGAAAAGAUAAUUUCUGAGAAGUUUUUCCAAAAAAACCCUUCUAAAAGGAGAAUCAUAAAUGUUUGAAAGGUUAUUUUUAGAAAAAUUCAAGGAUGUUGAGUUUCAAAGGGAAAACUUGUAAAUAGAUCGAGAAUUGUAUAAAUUGAUAGAAGAACUCAAAAAAGGACAAAUUUCGAAAAGAAAAUCGGAUAUUUCUGGUUGUAAAGACUUGAAAAUGAACAGCCCGUAAUUUAUGCUGAAAGAAUUUUAAAGGAUAGUACUCAAAAAUGAGCUUUUGAAUGGUUUUGUCGAAAGAACAGACUGAGUUGAUAUAAUUUACGGCAAGAUUUUUUUAAAAAAAUUGGAAUUUUUUUAGUAUAUUUUUUUCUUUGAUUUUUUUAUCAAUUUUUCAGUCUGGCAUUUCACUAUUCUAACUGCUUUUUGUAAUAAUUUCGAGAAUUUCUCCUUUUUUCAGGUGAUAACCGCUUCAACUUCGGCCAACAAUAUAAAUCGACAACCGUCUGGAUUGGGACUUCUUCACGUUUCUCUACAACAUUUUCCCGUUCGGAAACGACUUCGAGUAUCUUUAUUGAAAAUCGAAGGUAAAUUCUGCUGAAAAAAGUUUUUUUUUUUUCAUUUAUUAUUGAUAAGCAUCUAGACAACUGAGAAUCGAAUUUAUUUGUCAUUCAAUUCAUUCAAAGAGCCCGACCAACGAUAAUUCGAUGAAAUUAGCAGGAAAAUCCAAUCUUUUCUUUUUCUCCCGAAAGGAAGUGCAAUUGGAGUAGUAGUAGUAGUAGUAAACCUCAAGGGAGUCAACUUGAUUCGAGAAAAAAAAUGGAAGAAAAAUGAAGUUUCAGCGUUGGCCGGCGAGUUGAAGCCAGAAAUGGAGAUCCACGCCAUCUGUCGGGUCUCGAUCCCUUGGCUCAAAGGCGGCAAGGAACAAGUCUCGGAAAUGAAACGGGGAAGAGAUCCGGUCUUCAAUCAGGUAUGGUGGCAGGAAAGCCGCGAUAAAUCAAAAGGAUAAUCGAAAAUGCGCUCCAAGGCUAUUUUCCAUGUUCUCAAGCACGGAAAAUCAAAAAUUGGCGCGAAAAAUCAGGCCAUAUUGUUCAGCUGAAAGCACACGUGGUGUAGGAAAAUAGCCGUCGAAAAAGAAGAAAAUUUUGUUGAUUGCGCUCCAAGGCUAAUUUUCCUUGAAAUCGCGUAAAAUUGAAAAAGAAUUCAGAAAAAGCAAUGAAAACGUAGAGGAAUGAGUUUUGUACGCUCCAAGGCAGUCUGAAGAGCAAUUAAAUUCAGAAAAAAAUAGCCGUGGAAAAUAUUUUGCUUUCUACGCUCCAAGUCUAAUUUCAGUAAUCCUAAGAAAAAUAAAGAUAUAAAAGUCGUUGAAACGCGCUCCACGACUAAUUUUUAUUGGAACAGAGUGAAAGAUCGGAAAAAGGCAUUAGAAAAGUCUGAAGAGCGAUUUAUUGCAGAAGGUAUGAAAAAAAUAGUAUAAAGAAAGCCUAGAAACUUAAAAUUAUAAUUUCAAAACCGAAGAAAAAAAGGCAAUUGUUACUGCUAGACGUACUAUUCAGAAAUUCAUUCAAGUUUGUAAAAAUGCUCCAUUUUCACAUCAUUUUUCCGUCCGACCAGACUAUAGUUUCCUGUUUCUUCUUCUAUUCAAAACCGACUUUCUUUGCGCUUCUCAUCUCGGAUGCAAGCAAUAAAUUGGCGAAUCGAGAAUAAUACAUUUUUUUGGAGGAAGAAAGUUGCAUGAUUCAUAAGGUUUCGAGACGAAAUAGGAGGUUUCGGGAGCAAUUUGAGCAAAUUAGUCGGCGUUUGAAUAUUUUGUGAGGAUUACGGUAGCUGGCAAUUAGUGUGACACACAGGACGAUUAGAGGAAUUCAUUGGAAAUUUGUUGGUGUUUGGGGGGUCUGUAGUUCUUUUUUUGGAAUUGUGAGAAUAGAUUCUUAUGUCAUUUAAAAAUUAGAAAGAUUUAAUCAUAAUUUUUUUACAAGCUUACAAGGUCUGUAAAAUUAUACGAAAGUUUUUGGAAAAAAAUGAAUGAAUUUGAACCUUCUAACGAGUUUUCCAAUGGAAAAUUGAUUGAGAAGGUUUCAAAAAAAGAAAAUAUUGAAUUUUCGUGAUUUUCGGGAUUUUUUUCAAUUUUCAAGAUGAGUUUUCGAUAAAUUUCAAGGUCACACGUGUUGGGCUCUCCAUUUGGAAAAGUUCAAGCUAAAAAAAGGGAAAUUUUCAAAAAUGUUUAGUUUUUGGAACCUGCAGCUGAAAAACAUCUUUGAAAAAUUUUGAGUUUUUGAAACAUGAAAUUCGAGUUUUUUUAAAGACUAAAUGUUCAAAAAUGAGUUUGAUAAAUUCUCCGAACUUUUAUAAAUCGGAUGUUUUUUUUUUGAAGUUAAAAACGAACAUUGUUAGCCCUUGAAAGUCCCAAAAACGGAAUUCAUUUGUAAACUUCAAAAGUCAAGCUUCUAAAAAAACACAUUUGUUUUCUCAUGAUCUCGCCGUGGAAAUGUGUAAAUAUUAUUUCGCGACACACGAAUUGUUUUUGAAACCAUCUGCAGAAGGAGCAGAUCCUUUGAUCCAUCCUCGAAAAAGCCGAAAGAGAGGGAAAGAAUUAAAAGUGCCCGGUGUUUGGUUCGUUUCGGCAGAAUUAUUUGCCCACCGCCGCGCAUCUCCGCAAUUGUUUCGACUUUUGGUUUCCAUUUUCGGCGAGAUGAGUAAAGAGGGCUUUUUCGGAGGCGAGAAAUCGAAAGUGGAUGCUUUUCCUGGGGAUUUUCGCUGGAAAUUGGAGAGAUUUGUGAAUUUUUCGACUUGGAGGGAGUGUUUUUGAAAAUAUUUCGAAUUAUCAGUUUUUUCGGAGUCGAAAAUUGGAUAACGGAUGCUUUUCUGGGGUAUGUUGGCUUGAAGGACAGUUGAAAAAAGUAUUGGGUCUCGAGUUUUUACUGAAAAAGGCUAUUAUACCCACUUACUAUCUAUCCAUAAUUUCACCUUUUUAAAUAACUAAAAAAAAAGAAGUUCUGUUUCCACAGUAAUAUUUCCUCCUUGUGGGGUGGAAAAAUUUCUGGGACUACUCGUGACCUCAAAAACUCCAGUUUUGCUUCUCUUGUAAUGAUAAUAAUUAUAUUUACGGUUUAUUGUACAUAAAGGGUUUUCAGAAAAAUCCCAACCGCAAAGUAGAAUUCCAACUCAUCCUGAACCCAAUUGGCGCAGAACAAGUCUGCGCCUAAUGACCUUGUCAGGAUUAAAGCGGAACAGUUUUUUCUUCUGGUUUCUAGUGGACUAGGAAGUUUUCUUCCUCUACCGAUAACAAUAAUAAUAAUGACAAUAAUGUGAGGCUUCUUGCAGGAGUUCUUCUUCGACAACGUGACGCACGAGGAACUCGACACGAAGCACGUUUUGGUGAGCGCCUACCAUCAGGGCGGCGCCAAACUCGCCAAAGACAUCCUGAUCGGCGACGCGACGUUCCCUUUGAGGCAGAUCCGAGAACUCAACACCAAGAAGGAGAUCCGCAUGUUGGAGGAGAUCCAGCCCCAAGUUCCCAAGGUCAGAGGAAAAAAAAGAUGUUUGAGACAAGAUUUGCAGUAACAGAGGUUGAAGGGACAGUUUUCAAAGAAAAAAAUGCUUAGAAAAAAAAAUCAGAGCUGCUGAUUUUUGAGAGAAUGAAUUCAUGAAAACUCCAUAAAAAUUUUGAACUUUCCAGGUUUUUUUCUUCUGAAAAAUAUAGAGCUCUUAUUCUUGAUUUUCAACAGGAAUCUUCAAAAUAGGAGAUCGGGAAAAAAUAGCCGUCAAGCUGUAGAUUUGGUCUUGUAAUCUUAAGAAACCUCUUCUCUUAUUAAAAAUUAAGUGAGGAUGAAGUUCAUAAAAAAUUAACCAUCAUUAUCGCUUUUUCCUGUUUCAUUGAAUUCGGAGGUUUGAUAUUGUUUUGAUUUUUUUUAUAAGAUGUUCAUGUAGCUUUUCAAAACCUCGUCAAAAAAACUUUCAAAAAAAAAACCAAAACAGAAAUUUUUCAAAAUACAUAUUUUUUUUCAAAAAAACUAGAGAUUUCUUUGAAAAAAAGCUUCUCGUCCAUGCUGCUGAUGACAUUUUCGACGUAGUUUCAGCGGCCUAUUCUGAGCCAAUUUUUUUUUGCAGAGUUCCUUAUUCAAUUUUUUUUUCUCAAUGCAGAUGUCAGUGUCAGUUUUGAGGCUAAACUAGAGAAAAAAGGUUUUUUUUUCCAGAAACUCGGAAAGAUCUACACAUCAACGUGUAUAGAGAAGGAAGCCAAAAGAUUGACGAUCAAUUUGAAAAAAGUGGAUGAUUUGCCGAGAUGUGGACUGACUGGAGCGCCUGGUGAGCUUUGGAAGUUUUUUCGUGCGAAAAAUGUGUAAUUUCCAUUUUGUUUUUGUCAAAAGUCGAGUUUGAAGCUGGAAACUGAGUAUUUCAGCCAGUUUUUUUUCGUGAAACUUUUCGUACUUCCUCUCAAUUUCUAGUGCCACUUGUUUGGAGUCGAACCCGGAAGCCAUUCAUCUUGAAGCUUUUGGAGAAAGAGCCAAAAAAAUGAUAACAGCUUUUUGACAACUCUCGUGAGGAUUUGUCCACAUAAAUAACCGAGUUUCUCGUGAUUGUACGGUUUUCAAAGUGGUCCCUAGAGUGUCUGGGAGUAAUUAGGAUUUUGAAUUGAAGUGCUGAGAUAGAAUUCGAAGUGAGAGCUCUUUUCCGAGAUUUUCUCGGUCCAAGUGGUCCCUAAAGAGUCUCGAUUUAGUUAUAAGGGUUUUGGAGCGAAAAAUUGUGAAAUUGUGAAACUCGAGUUUCAUCACGAUUUCUCUUUCUUGCUGGUUUUUUUUGUGGUUUCAGGACUUUCAAGUGAUCCCUGAAGAGUCUAGCUGUAGCAUGAUAUAUUUAAAAAAACAAAUAAUGUUUUUGAAAAAAAUGAAAAAAAGUUCUAAAACUCGACUUUAUUAGAGCAAAACUUUUUUUCUCAUUUUCUGAAUUUUCCCACUAACAUUUUUCAUGCCAAAGUAGCUUGGUGCAAAUUCUUAGGAGAGAAAUCUCCACUAGACUCGGACGAAUCUUCCAUUUCUCAUGAAUUUUUUUCAUCUCGAGAUUUUUUUAUCGCAACUUUUCUCGAGAAGAGUGUGACGUAAACAGGUGAUGAUGUUGGCAACAAGAAUGUUUUUAGAAAAAAAGUUUUUCAUUUUUGAGGGACUCCGAUAGUUUUCGAAUAAUGAAACUAUGGAAAGUUUUUUUAAAAAGUUUCCUAUCGUUAAAUUCAAAAAUUCACGUUUUUUUGAGCGUUUUUUUCCACAAUAAAAAGUAAAAAAAUACGCGAAAAGUGUAGUUUUUUUCCUUCAAAUUAAUAUCAAUCAAGGCUUUCAAAAAUACUUCCAUUUUGAUAAAUUUGUGGAGAAUCGACGUAAAAAAAUCAACAUAAUAUUAAGAAAAGCAAAAAAAAAUCCAGCCAUUUUUCUAAUUAAAAAAACUGAUGAAUUUAUAAAAAAACGUAGAUAAUCUCAUUUGAAAGGGAAAAACGUCGAAAAUAAUGCAGAAGCGAGAGGUCAGCAGCUGUUUGAAGAGACGUCAGAGAAACGAGACGCUUCCUGUUUCUCUGGCCUCUCUCUAAAUCGCCCUGCUUCUGCUCAUUUUUUUUAGUCAAGUCAAAUUUCUAACUUUGUUAAUUUUCGAAAUGAGGAAUGCAAGUUCAAGAAGAUAUCAAUCGAAAAAAAAAAUAUUCAAAUUCCUUUGUUCAGAUGUCUGCGUCCGAGUGACGUUGACGCAAGGCGGGACGACGAAGACGAAGUCGUCGCGGAUUCUGAAGAGCACGACGACGGCCGUCUACAACGAGGCCGUCAUGUUCCUCUUCUCCCCGAACAAGAACGACCUCGCCGCCACCAGCAUCACCAUUUCGGUCCACGACAUGCAGAGGUACACCCUGGCACUACUAAAAGGCUCUGAAGUGGUCCUUCUAGGGGUAUUCGGAAAGAAAAAGUUUGGAGAGGCUGUUUGGGGUGAAGAGUCCACCUCAUUGAUGUUUUAAUGACAUUUCUCCCUGAGAAUUAAUCUCCGAAGUCCCUCUAGAAAGUGACCACUCGUACUCACGAAUGAGUAGGUAUGAGAUCAUCCAAGUAUUAACUUAAGGAAAAAACGAGUCCAAAGUCCCCAUCCGAUGUUCGAAUAAGUACAUUUUUUGUCAAUGGACCAUCAAAAAAUGUUUCUUUUUCUCUCGGAAUUCCCAAACUCCAAUGAACAACCUUUGUACCCUAGAGUGAUCAUCGGAACUAACACAUGAGAAGAAGAGAAAAAAAAAACUGGAAAAGACGGCUCAAAUGUCAAACGAUGCGUCGCCUUUCAAUGUUUCGAUUGCAUUUAAUUACCGUUUCGUGCGUAAGCAGACGACUUUUUUUUCUCGUUUUUUGAAAUAUGAAACGGGGAGUUUGUGCUGGGAAUUCGGAAAACAUUGCUAAUUUUGGCGGGAAUUCGCGAAAUUUCGAAUCCUCUUACGAGUGGUUUCAUUUCGAAGAAAAUGAACUUUGAACGUGUUUGGACGCAUUUGGAAUGGAUAAAAGAUUACGGUAGGCUUUAUAGCAAGCCUUUGAGCCAUUCCCAGUGCGACCACGAAAGCCUGAAUCCUUCUCUGAGAACAUUUUUGGACCAAAAUUGCACAAAAAUGCCAAGAAAAAAAAAAAAAAGUACGAUUUAUCAAACUUUCGUUACUUGAAUUUUUUUGGGGAAAAAUCCUUUUUUUAUUUAUUUUUUUUCUUUCCAGAUUUUUAGAGAAUUUCUUAAAAAGCUGUAUAAGGCAAUUUACUUCUCAGUCAGUCAAUUUAACUACGAAAAAGCCGUAAUUUUCUCCUCAUUCCGAUACCAAUUUAGCUGCCAAUAAUUUUCGAAGCCAACCGUUUGAUUCUAUUUUUAUCCCACACUUUGUGCUUUCGAACAAGGAAAAUUUGGUUAAAAUAAGCUUGAUGUACCAGAAAAAGUCCCAAAAAUCUGAACCUGCAAAAUUUUCUAGUUUUUGAGAAAAGACGCCUUAAAGCCUUCGAAAACCCUCGAAAAUCGUUGAAACCGGUCAUAUUUGGAGCUCUCAUUUCUUAUUUCUCAAAAACUAGGUGAUUGUGCAGUUUGAGAUUUUCAUGAUCUUCGUCUGGUAGAUCAAGGAGGAUUUUGAUAAAUUUUCGAAUAAUAUUCAAGUAAAUUGAUCUUCCUUGUGAGCAUCUCCUAGGGUUUCCUUGCUUUAAAAAAAGGCCAAGAGGAAAAUUGUUUGACUAAACGAGAAAAAAGGGACCUGAAAAUCACUUGCACUCCACGAAAUGACGUGUGUGUCGUUGUGAUGUUGAUGAGGCUAUUUCUGACAUCAUUUUACGAGAAAAUCUUUCAAUUCUCCUGUUUCAAUGGUUCAAAUCAAAAAGGAAUUGGUUAUUUCAAAGAAAAAUGGCGCUAAUUUAAGCCGAAAAUUGAGUUUGAUGUUCUAAUCAGAAACUUUUGCUUCUCACAGGUAGCUCACCACAAAACAAAAGAUUCCAAAAAAAAAUUUUUGAAUUGUUACCCAAUUCUCAUACUUCCUUUUUAGAAGAACCCUGAAAAGGCUCUACUUAAAAUUUUUGGAAGAAAUAGACUAGCUCAGAUAAUAUUUCGUAGCGAUUCUAAUGAUAAAAAAAUGAUGAUUGAAACGAAAAGUUCUUUUUCCAGAAGCUGUACGGGAAACGAUACGAUUGGUUGCGCCUACUUGGGUGUGAACGCGGUGGAUAAAAGCGAGAUGGAGCAGUGGAAAAACGCCGUCGAGCACAUGGGCAAGGAGUACAAGGUGGGAUUCCGGUUUCAGUGUUUCUUCCUCAGGAAACAAGAUCAUUUCUGAUUGGUUGUGCUACGGGAAUCUCGUUUUUUCUUCAAUUUCAAAUCGAAAAGGGAUUCCUCGUUGUUCCAAAUUAUUCCAAAUCAACCUUUUUUUAAAACUAAAAAUAAGUUUCCAUUGAAAAAAAUUUUUUUAAAAAAACCAUUUACCCAAAUUCUUGUUUUUUUUGAAAGUUAAAAAGCCAUCUUUUUUUCGAGAGAAGGUUCUGGAAACUAUUUUUUUUGAAUUUAAAAAUCAGCUUUUUCUAUUAUUUUUCCUUUUUGAAUAAUCGAAACCCUUCAUUUUUUUCUCUAUUUUUUUUCGCUGAAAAAAAUGGCGUCACCCCUAAUUUCCUUUGGUCAUUAACCAUCGACGAUGAAUAAUGCCGAAUCGGACUUCCGUUUCCGAAUGAAGAAAAAGAAAAAGAAAAAAAAGACAGAAAAAAAGACCGGGAUUUGAAAUCCAAACCAAUUUCCUCGGAAAAAAAAUGACUUUUGUGGGCGCAAAUUGGACUUUUUUUUGAUUUACUUCCUUUUUUCAAAUUGAAUGUCUAGUCGUCAUUUUUUGAUCUUAAGAUCAAAAUUUGGCAUUUUGUUUUUGUAGAAGUUUUUCAAAAAUAAAAAUAAUGAAAGUUUUGCUUGAUUUUUAAGGAUCGAUAAAUCGAAUGCGAAAAUUCUUUGCAAAACUUUAAAAGAUGGAAUUGGAAAACUUUGUAGAAGCACUGUGAAAAGAAAUUGAAGUCUUAAAUUUAGAAAAUUUUUUGAUUUAUGUUGAUAUAAUCGAUUCGAAAUGACGUCACUAUUAUUUUUUUUCCGUUAAAGCGACUUUUUUUAUUUGAAAAAAAGUCGCAAAUUCAUUUCAAGUGUUCAUUCGCCAUUCCACAAUUGCCACAAUUGAUAAUUAUGAGUCCUUAAUUUUUUUCUAUUAAAUGGUCAAUUUUAUAAAUACAUUUGUAAUUAUUAAGAAAAUUAACUGAGUGACGUCAUUUUUGAGAAAACCGACCGAGAAACCUUGAUUGAUUUUUUUGAAGAAAGAUUUAUUUGAGGCUCUUCUUGAUUUAUUUCAUUUUCUUCAGGUCUAGCCAUUCUUUUAAUCUCUUAAUCUCAUGUUUGGUUAUAAUCCAUCUAAAUGAUUCUUUUUUCCGGUUGAAAAGAGCUAAUUGAUGGAUUUGCUGACGUUCCCCAUCUAUUUUUAUUAUUAGUACAAAAUGGUGAAAAAAAGAAAAAAAGGGGGAAAUUUGGGCUUUUGUUUAUCUGAUUCGGGCAUUUUUCAGGAAUAUCUAAUAACCCCUCUAGGGACCUCUCUGGCAUUCCUAGGAAAAGCAAAGUUUUUUUAUCUUCUUCAGAAUUUUUUUCUGCAUUUUACGGACGCCUUUAUAAAAAAAUAUUUAGAGAAACUGGAAACUUCCAAAAAAAUUUUUUUGCAGAGAACAUGAAUAAUUUUUUUUAUCGCUAAACUUUUCCUGGUUGUCUUGGCGUCAUUUCUAAAUAAUUAAUAAAUAUAUAUAUUUCUUGGAGGAGAAAACACGAUUCACUAGUUAUUCAUACGAGAAAAAGAGAAAAAAGUCAACGACGAGGAACUGGAGAUUCCUCGGUAAUAAAUUAAUACUUUUUCUCUUCCUUUUUCUUUUUUUUUCGUGUCGUCGUGAGAGACAAUAGGUUUUUCAAAGAAAUAUGAUGGAAACAGACAAAUUUAUACUCUGACAAUAAUGUGAGUGAACCUCGAAAAAAGUGAACUUUUCGAGGAUAAUUUAUUCGUCGCACAGCCGCGUUGUACGUAGAGGGCGUGCACCCCGGGGCAACCGGUCGAAAAAAAAAAGUAUUCGUUGAGCUACCGUAACCAUUUAGGAUGAAACUAUAGACAAUUAUAAUAUUUAGAAAGGAGACAUUCUGAAAUCGCACACAGAAUCUUUCUAUUUGAAGCAGACGGGGUGCACAUCUGGUUUCACUGCGAGGGGCACCGGCAGUCAGAAGCAAGGUGCACCCCCCCCCCCUUUUCUCAGACUUGAAAUUUGCCUUGUCUCAACAGCAAAUAAUUUAUUUUGGACGUUUUUUGGAGGGUCUCAAGUUUAAAUAUGUAAUUUCGUUGCCAAUAGCGACUUUUUUCAUUUUUUCUUAAGUUUCUUUGUAAAGAGAAGAAGGAAGUUUUCCCUUUUUAGAGAUGCAAAAAUCGAAAAAGGGGUUAUUGUCGAAAAAAGACCAAAUUCCAUCAAAAAUUGACCUUUUGUGCAGGAUUUUCAUCGAAAACUGAGCAGAAUUUUGGGUUCUUGAAUUGGUUCUAAGUAUUGCUCAGAUUCAGUCAAAAUCUCAACAUUUUCUCAUUUUUCUUGUCUAAAAACAUUAAAAUGAGUUUUCAGUGGAUCUUCCUCAGUAUUGCUUAUGUUAGACUAGAAUUAUCUUGACAUUUAUAUUGAGAAGGGGGUCGUCCAAAAAUCUUCAUAGGACGAAAAUGUCACUUUUUGAAAUUGCAAAGUUUUUCUGAGUACUGCUCAGGUCAGGCGUACAGAACAUUUUUCUCGUUUUUCUUUAACGAUAAAAAUGGUCUGUAUUCCUUUUUCGUUCAUCAUCAUAGGUCAACCUAAAGAUGCCUUUUUUUCCAACAUAAAUCUAGUCAAAUAUCAUCUUUCUCAUAAAAAUAACGAACAAUUUUCUUAUUUUCUGAACAAAAAAAGAACCAAUUUUUACAGGGAGAACAAGUGUAAUUUCGAACUAAAUGUUCCUUUUCCAGGGCUCCCAUCAUCUGAAGCCGUUGGUGACGACGCCGGCCGUUUCUGUAGCCGAGGCCAACGAAACGGGAGCCGAGAAUGACAACGAAGACGAUUCUUGA